CUACAAAAUUUACAAGAAGAAAAUGAAUGAAUUCUUCCCCACAGAGGGAGUGGAGCAGAAAGGCCAGCCUUUGUCACCCGUGAAAUGCAAAGCGAUGCAGUCUGAGAACCCAGAGGAUGAUAACAUGGAUGACAACGACACUGAAGCUAAGCCAAGCACUGACGAAAUUGAGAGUCAGAGGCAAGAAGCAGAUGAGGCAAAACUGACAGCUACAAACAGUUCAACAGAUGGAGGAGAGAACCUAUGCAAGGAAAAAGAAUCCUCCCAAGAUUCCAAAGCCACACAAGAGCAUAAUCCAGCUCCUCCUGCAGUCAGUGAACAAGAUCAAGCUGGUGGAGUCCAAGAUGAUUCUACUGAAGUUGAAAUGAACACUCAGAUGGAUUCUCAAGUCUCCUACAUGGAAGCAGAAGAGACUUUGAUAACCCAAGACAAGACCAUGAAGGAAGAAAAGCUACAGGCUCCUGAAGUAGAUAAAACUGGUCAAGAGAGCAAAGAAGAAAAAGGAGCAGAACAAGGGAAAGGGGAACAGACUGCAGAGCCCAUGCAAUCUGAAGGCCCAUGCGAUACAGAAAACCUUUCAAGUAAUGAUGUUGAAAUGAAUAGUCAGGUUGAAAACAUAGAUGAACCUACAGAAUCCCAGAAAGGAAAUUAAUAUGUGGAAGAUCACGACGAGAGAAGAGAACAGGAUGUGGAAGAAGAACUGCAGUCUUUGGUGCAUUAUAUGGCAACAUUCUUGACCAGCAGACAACAGCACAUCACGGAGCGCAAAACAGGAUGGGGGAGGGACAACAAUUCUUUACGUUAAUUUCUCUUCUCUGUUUCAUUUUAUUCAGUAAAAUAACAUCAAGCUUCUCUCCCUUGGCUGUGGUGUCUUGGUUUAGUUUUCUUUGCUUCUGCAUCUUCUUUUGGAAAUCUCAGCCCCCUUUACUCCUGCAAACAAUAUGUAUUCUUUGCUUCUAAAUGGUGUUUAUCUAUUAUGAUUUUUCUCCGAGGCGACAUGGGCAAAGGGCAGGUGAAUUCGAAGGAUUCCUUCCAAGAGAUUACAAAGCGUUUGCAUCUGCAGCUACCCACAGCAAGCCAUGGUAGUCGCAAUAGCUGUUUCCUUUGUCCCACUGGCAUCAGCGUUUCAGCUUGUUAGGCUUUUCCUGCGGCCCCCAGAAUAGCGUAAGAAGGGAGUGCGUAGAGCUUUUAGUGUGAAAAAGACGUAGGCUCACAUGGUUCGAGUAUCACAGAACCCACGCAGAACAUGCCACAGACCACUUCCGUGGGGCUGAGAUCCCAUGCAGGGACUUCUGAAUGCAAGCCGGAGCUGGACACAUAAUUUCAUGUGGAGAUUUACUACCUGCUUGGGCUAAUCCAGCUGGUAAGAGACUUGCAGGCAGACUUGACCCCAGGGAGAGUGUGUGUUAGUGGCCUCCACGUAGCAGCUAAUGACAUUUGCUUUGGUCCACCUACUUACCCUCUGCCUAGGAGGUUAAGUCUAUCUGCCAUGAUACUUAAGAACGGACCACCCAUGCUAAGGAGCCGUUUACCUGUCAUUGCCAAGUAUUAGGAAUCUGCUUCUUUUCACAACCAACUUGCAAGAGGUGGUAUUUCUCAUUGACUAACUGGACAUUUCAUAUGACAAUCAGUUUCCUCUAUUUGCAAAUUGUUUGCUGAUUUAUCCACGUCAUGAAAUAUCUAAUCUACAGUAAUUGUGUGGCUGCACAACCCAAUAUUGUAUUGUUUACUGAUGGGUCAGCACCCCUGUUGUCUUUGGAACAUGAUGGAAUCACCUCUUAUUUUCAGUGCCCUCCAAGUAAGAGGGAUUGCAAAUACUCGGCAUCUAGCAUAUUAUAAAAUAUGGCUUGUGGCUUUAACACUUUCCUGUCGACUCUUAUUAUAUUUUCAAUGGAAUAGGCACACUUUUUAUACAUAAAAAGCAAUUAACAGUUAUCAGGUGACAAAUGUUGUACCAUAUGUCAUCUGUUCUGCUAGCAAAUGCUGUACUCAACUUUAAAAAAAAAAGAAUUUUACAUUCAUUUUUCAAAUACGCUCUAAAUUAAACUGAUACCCUACUUGCAAGAUUGAAAGAACACACAGCAUGAGUCUAGGGUUUGAUAUUCUGUAAACUACUUUCCAACUGCUGUUAAAAACAAUUAGAGAGAUGUUUUAUACUAUGAAAUUCUGGUUUUUGCUCAAUUAUGCAUAUGUCAUUUUCCAAAGUUCUAAAAUAAGAAUUUUCUGACUUAAAAAAGGGACAAAGAAACAUGUUUCUAAAGGGAUGUGUAGUGAACCCUACUCCCUUUUUGAAAACUUCCUUAACAUGAAUCUGGCAUAAGGUGGCAUACCUUGUUUAAGCUUGCAGGGCUGCAUCAGAAAAUAUUACUUAGUUCACAACAUGCCAUUUGUGGCAAGCUCAAAAAGAUUGGUUUCAAAUUUGAUCUAUAGCUGUGUGCCUAAAGAGCAAUAUUUGUGUAUGGAGGAGGGGGGAACCCCAACUGUGCUGUGAAAGGGUGACAUUUUCAACUGGUAAUUUCUCUGUCCUUUUGAACCAUCUGUUGCUUCCGUGUCUGGGACUAUAUUUAUGGAAUUACAUAGACUUUAAUAUCAGCAUUAACACGAACCUCAGUUCAGUACAUAAUAUGAUCAGAGUUGCAUUUAGUUCCAUGUCAUGUGCUAGUUUGCUAGGCUUGGAAAGAAUGCAUUUAUUUUCCAUUUACUCACGGGAGUCCUAUGCAGCUUUCCUCUUCCAUUCGUACUAGGUGGAUUAGGAGAUCUCUCUCUCUUUCUUCCUGCUAUUAUAUCCCCCCUGCCCCACUCCUGUUCUCUGUAUUGAUUUGUCAUUUCUGGUAGACUCCACUUACUGUGAUCAAAGCGCUAGCUUGGCUGGGCAUCACAAAUUACUCCAAUUUAGCAAAAGCAAUCUUCAGUGCAUGGAACAUCUCCCCUGAUUUGAGCCACACAUGAAAAGGGUGGCCCGUAGGGUUAAAAAAAAAGGGGGGGGAGCAAAGCAGAACCAUAUGCUGUAUACAUGGGGCUGCCCAAAUGGCCAUCGUUGCUAGUUCACUUCCGUGCCAGGUUGCUGCAGCGAAGUGUGAAGCAGAGAUGGGGAGCUCAGAAUAGGGAGAUGAAAAAGAGAGGUGAGCACUGCAAUCCUGUGUGUGCUUGCUCAGAUGUACGAGAAGUCCCACUGUGUGAAAACGAGUGGGGCCUUUUAGCAGUAGGGUGCGCAAAGGGUUGGCGCCGAAACCUGAGCCGUCAUCUAGUUUCAGGCGUGGUUUACGAGCGCCUCGUAAAGAAUUGCAGGGCUGAAUGCGUUUUGAGCUUUGUUUGGUUUUAAGGCGGUGAUUUAGGCAAUGGUACAACUUCAGCCGGCCUUUGGCGACGGGUGUUCAGGCCCGUGCCAAUGUUGCCUGACUAGUUUAUGCUGGAUUCUAGAGCAGGUGACAUUAAGGCAUGAGUCUUGAGAUGUGUGGGCAUUAAAUCUUCUCCCACAUCCGCCGCUGCUCAGCCACUCGAUGCAGCUUGGCAGAUGCAUUGGUGGGUGCGCAUGUGCUGCAAAAGAAGAUCCUUCAUCUGCAGACAAUGUCUGUUAGCAUCAAAAGAUUCCUCUAAAUAGCCGGUAUUGAUCCAGAAAAUGACAGCAGUGGCCUUCUGCUGAGUCGAACCAUUAGUCCAUCUAGCUUUAGGGUAGGCAGUGCACACCAGGACAUCUUUUUUGUGUCUGUCAAGUUGUCCUGCUCCUCUUUCUGUUUAGUUAACUGCUGGUGGGUUGGGAUGGCAGUGGAGUUGGCUUCUGUUGGUGCUGACAACUGGAUUAAGAGCUGAGCAUAUUGUAGCUCAAACCCCACUUGGGCCUUGUGUGCAGUCUUUGGGCAGCCUGCUUGGCCUCGGGGAUGCUGGUAACUCCUGCUUCAGUGGGGCUCCUUAUCCAUAACAGCUUUCAUCCCGAGCUUUAGAAGAGCUAACUCUGGUGUCCCAUGGUAUAUUUAGGACUCCAAACCUAUAUUGGAGGCAGUGUCACCCCUGGUCUACCCUGCCUGGCAGGGACUUUCCAAGGUUUCAGGCUUUUCCAACCAGAGAUUGACCUCCAUUGCUAGAGUUUGAACCUGAGGCCUUCCCCAUGCAGAUUAUGCACAUGAAAAACUAACCUAGCUUUUCACUAUUUCUGAAAUGAAUACAUCUUCAUUUUGCUUAAAAAUGAAAAAUUCAAUUUUCCUAGGAAUGCUGGGGCAAUGCCUGCAUAAAGCAGGUUUUAAAAGUCUUUAAAAACCUGCUUUCUCAUUUUGUUUUUAUACCAAUGUCAAUGUUAUAUAGCUCUAACUCAUGCCUCGUUCUCUUGUGCUUAUCUAUGAGCUAUAACAGAGUGCAUAGAUAAGCACCAGAGAGUGAAACAUGAAUUUGGAUGCCUUUUGGCAUCAAAAUACCCCUCUCACAAACAUAACAGACUUAAGUUGGAGAAUGCAGAAGAAAAGUAGAGAAACAAGAAGCAGCUAGGCAAGGGAGGAGUGUAGAGAAAUCUACAGGGACACCUGAAAAGUAAUACAAACUUCUGCUGAAGGGUGAGAGAUGUUUAAAGUGACCACCAAUACGGUCUUAUUAGGGACUUUGCCGGGCAAUACAUCAUAGCUAUCUCACUGUCAUCGAAAUUUAACCUUGGUCCUCCUGAAAAGUUGUACCUUUUCCCACUGCUUUGGAAAUCUUCAGGAUACUGUAUUGUAAAGUGGGGUGCAAAGAGAGGAAUCUGAGGAUAAAAGGUGGAAAGGGAUGAUGAGAUCUCAACAGUCUGGCUUCAGUUCCUUGAUUCAGAACUGUGGAGCUACAUGUGUUCUGACUGUGUUGUCCACACACAUGUGCACACAUGUGUUUAAAGCAAAACAAUGCAGCCGAUAGUACGACUCCUAUUUUUCUUUUGGUUAGUGCUAUGUAGGCUCCGUGUAACAAAGCCUGAGUAGUUGUUCGAGCAUAGAGAAAACGCACACCCACAGUAGGUUCUGCAGAAGAUUUAAAACAUUAACGCCAAGAUUUACUGACAUCCAAAAGCCACCUUUGCAAUGCAUUGCAUAGGACUUGCUUUUGCAUACAAAGCUCUCGAUGUAAUUGCUCAAGGUAUCUUUUUAACCCCACGUUUUGUGCUGAGAGGCAGCAUUCUAUUCCAGCCAUUGUUCUGAUGAUGGACAAGUUUCCUUUUCAUAAAAUUAUACCAAGGAGAUGUCUCAGACAUUAAUUUCUGUUAAUAUUGGACCGUAUAUAUUAUUCACUGCAGCUAAUUGUGCAUCUCUCCCUGAAGCACUGAAAAGUCUCUUUUGUGAUUAACACUGUUCUGCUUAUGCACUUGAUUUGAAAAAGACAUUUCUCUAUAUGCAGUGCAUGUCGGCUUUGCUUUUAAAAUGACAAAGGUAGCAAAAAUAUGUUUGAUAUAUUUUCUUGGGAAAUAGGAUUUUUAUCAUACUUUUCAUCAAGGAUUUGCCUUACCCUGACAUUUGUGAUAUAAAGAAAGUCAGAAAAAAUGUAAUUUUCUUGAUCAAAAAUAUGUUUUUACUUCAAUGCAAAUAAAUGUAGUCUCUUGCUUGCGAAAUAUCUUCUAACAUAAAAUAUAGACUGCUAAGUAGGGUUAACACAAGCCUCUUUUGUUAAUCUGACAUUUAAAUGCUGGACUUGCUGAUGAAUCUGUUCUUUUCCUUUUGUCUGUGCCAUACAUAACUGAAAACUCUAACAAAUGAUGCCUUCAUACUACAAUGUUUGUUAAAAGCAAAAUCAGAAUAAAACUUCUUCUGAGGA